AUGGAAAAGCUGUCCAAUAUCUUCUCGGUGCUACAGCUUGACGCUGACGAUGAUCAGCUUCAUACGCCCGACUCCUCUUCUACUACAGCUUUGGCUACUGGGGAACUGAAUGCCUUUUUCCAUUGCACUAGAGGUUUUGUGUCAAGAAAUGACUGGUCUAAAUAUGAAGUUGAUCGAAUACUGGAGAUUGCUUGUAUAAUUACAGAUGGCAAUUUGAUCAAAUCAGUUGAGGGUCCUGAUUUGGUUAUCCAUCAAACUAAAGAGUGUUUAGACAACAUGGGAGAAUGGUGUCAAAGUCAUCACUCAGCAAGUGGGCUGACAAAAAAAGUGCUUCGAAGUACCAUCAGUGAACAAGAAGCUGAAAAGCAGGUCAUAGAAUUUGUCAAGAGAAAUGUUGGUACAUACACACCUCUUCUGGCAGGAAAUUCAGUUUAUGUGGAUUUUCUCUUUUUAAAGAAAUAUAUGCCAGAUUUGGCUAGUCUUUUCCCUCAUGUUCUUGUUGAUGUUAGCAGUAUUAAAGCUUUAUGCAUCCGAUGGUAUCCUCGAGACUCGAAAAAGGCUCCUCCAAAGGAAAAUAAACACAGAGCCAUGGAUGAUAUCAGAGAAAGCAUAAGGGAACUCAAAUACUACCGGGAGAAUAUAUUCAAAGCAUCCAAGUCUAGGAAGUGAUGAAGAUGAAGCCUUUUGUGGAAGUUCAAUUUUUUUAAAAGCACCAUCCACGCCAUGGGCAGCUUUUGAGAAGGGUUGGAAGGCCUUUGCAAAUGGUUCAUUUUACCUUGGUUAAUAUAUUAUAUUGUUCCCUCUCUCUUUCUCUCUCUCUCUCUCUUUCUCCCUCUCUCUAAUAUUUGCUAAUCAUGAAAUACUUUAUUGGUUUUGUAAUGCCAACUCUCUCCCCCUCCCCUCUAGCCCAAACAACAGUGUUUCCUAUACAUCAACAACGCUUCACACUAUUUAAUCCAUGAAGGUUACUCAAUAGACAAA